AGCAGUCCCAAAUCCAACCUACAGGCACUGGGAACUUUAAAGCAACCAGAGACUGCUGAAAAUAGCACUUCUUUUUGCUUUCUUUGUGCUCAAAACUAUUUCCUUUGCUGGCCGAUUUGGCUGCCCCUAGUUCCAAGUCUCUUCAGUCAGGAGCCCCCGCUCUCCAGCGCAGUAACAGAUUCUCCUGCUCGGUUUUAUUGUUUUGUUUUUUGUUAUUCUUAUUAUACUAUUUUUCUUCUCCCCCUUGUUUGUUUUCUGCACAUCUUCAGGAAGCCUUCGGUGCUUGUGCAAAGAGAAGCCACUAUUGCAAUCUCCCCCUGCCUGCGCCGUGCGCCUUGGUGUAGACAUUUUGGAUGAUCUAAAGACUCUGGGGUCUGUAUAUGGAAAUAGUGGGGUGCAGAGCAGAAGAAAAUACUUGUCCUUUCCGUCCCCCAGCCAUGCUUUUUCACGGGAUCUCCGGAGGCCACAUCCAAGGAAUCAUGGAGGAGAUGGAGAGGAGGUCCAAGACCGAGUCCCGCCUGGCCAAAGGCGGACAGAUGAACGGCCGGGAAACGAACAUGCCCCCAAUGAGCCCCGAGAAGCCUGCUUUGUGUGCUGGUUGUGGAGGGAAGAUCUCAGACAGAUAUUACCUGCUGGCUGUUGACAAACAAUGGCACCUCAGGUGUCUCAAAUGCUGUGAAUGUAAACUGGCUUUGGAAUCAGAACUCACCUGCUUUGCCAAGGACGGCAGUAUUUACUGCAAGGAGGAUUAUUACAGAAGGUUCUCCGUGCAGAGAUGUGCCCGCUGCCACCUUGGGAUCUCAGCCUCUGAAAUGGUCAUGAGAGCCAGGGAGUCGGUUUAUCACUUGAGCUGCUUCACCUGCACCACCUGCAACAAGACUCUGACCACAGGCGAUCACUUUGGCAUGAAGGACAACCUGGUUUACUGCAGGGCCCAUUUCGAGACCCUUUUGCAGGGCGAAUACCCGCCUCAGUUGAGCUACACUGAGCUGGCUGCCAAGAGCGGAGGGCUGGCACUGCCUUACUUCAAUGGCACUGGCACAGUCCAGAAAGGGAGACCCAGGAAAAGAAAAAGCCCAGCUCUAGGAGUGGACAUCGUCAGUUACAACUCAGGUUGUAAUGAGAAUGAGGCAGAUCACUUGGACAGAGACCAGCAGCCUUACCCCCCGUCCCAGAAGACUAAGCGCAUGCGCACUUCUUUCAAACACCACCAGCUCCGCACCAUGAAGUCCUACUUUGCUAUCAACCACAAUCCAGAUGCCAAGGACCUCAAGCAGCUUGCCCAGAAAACGGGCCUGACCAAGAGAGUUCUGCAGGGAGAACAAAUCUUGGGGCAUUACAGCCAAACAUCCCGACGUUUGAAAAUUCCCUAAAGUAUUAAAAGAAGGGGAAAAGUUUGAUCGGAAACCCACUGCAGUGAAGACAAAGACAAUAUUAGGUUAUGAUAAUCAUAUAUUUAAAAAAUUUUUGAGCCAAAAAAUUUAAAAAAUAAAAUAAAAGACUCCAAUGUCAUUUCCUGAAUGUUAACAAAACAUAUGUUGUUUUAUGGUGUUUAAUUAUCAGAACAAAAGACUUAAACAAUUUGUGUGGUAUUAAAAACAAAUUUAGAGAUACUGUGUAUAAAACCAGAGCAACCUGGCAGCAAUCUACCCAGCCCAUAUUUGAAGACAAUUCUUCUUAAAAACAAAUUAAAAAUCACAUUUGUCAAGCACAAGUACUUGUAAAAUAAAAUCCAAAUGCUUUCAUUCCACUUGCUUGCUAAUGUGUAUUAGUCAUAUCUGUUAAAUGGCAUAUUGUAAAUUCAGAGAAAAAACUUUUCACUCAUUUAAGAUCAUAGGGAUCAAAACCCAGUAAAUUUAGUACAAUUGUUUCUGACUUCUUUUUUUUAAUAAAACAAAGAAAUCUGCAUGCACUUUUCCAUCUGUCACCGAUAGUGUACAUUUCUGUAUGAUGAAUUUUCUCUUUGAUGUUUCUUGUAUAAUAAAUAGCUUUCAUUAAUAAACAUUUUAUUUGAUGCAAACAUAGUUAACUUUAUGUAAACACAUAGCUAACUGUUGAAAUUAAUUUAAACUCAUUUUUUGAAAAGAAGCAGUACGGUACAUUUUCAUCAUGUUAUAUAUAGAAAGCCAAAAGAAUGAGGUGGCAAUAUUGUUGCAAAGUGUAAAAUAAUUUCCUUUGGUGUUUAAAUUUUUCAUUUUCUUCUCUUCAUUUGUUGUGUACAAUUGACAUAUCUAAAAUAAAAUUAAUAAUAAUUCCAUCAGCCUCAACAACAAAACUAACGAAGUAAAAUCAGCAUAGGAAAGCAUAUGCAGUAUAGUAUGCAAAACCAUCAAUGACUUUUUAGAGUACAAAGGUAUAAUUUAUGGAACCCUGAGACGUUUAUAUCUUCACUAUGCAAUGAACAAAUUUAUUGAACUGUUAAGAAAAGGCUGUCCUAAGAAAGAACUGAUCUUUGCCCAUUCCAAAUCACAGCUGAGUUUAACAAGCCAACAAGCAAGUGUAAAGAUAACCAAUUCUUUAGUAAUGAGGUUUUAUAAUUGUUCAAAGGACUAUUUGCAGAAAGUUUUUUUUAAACUAUAUUGCUAUUUAGUUAUAUAUCCAAAGCAUAUGUUAAACAAAUUAACAUAUACGAGACUUGCCAGAAAAUCUUUUCAUUAAGAUGAAAUAUUUAUUAUAUAGAAAUGAACCCUAUGUAAACAGUGU